AUGCUGUGCACUCAGGGUGUGGCCACCCUUCUGAUUCUGAUUUCCCUUCUGCUGCAAUUGGCUAGGGCAAAUCUCCCACCAGGCUGCUUGUCUGCAUCUGACAUCCUAAGCUGCAGCUCUCUGGGCCUAGAGCACAUACCAGUCGAGUUGCCUGUGACAGCUGCCACUCUGGACUUCAACCACAACCGGUUGACAAAGCUGGAAGAGGGCAGCUUUGCUGGGCUGCCUCAUCUCGAUACUCUGCGGCUGGCCCACAACCGUUUGACAAGGAUCUCCCCUGGAACCUUCAAGAAUACAAGCCACCUGCGCCACCUAGACCUGUCCUCCAAUCAGUUGCAUAUAUUAGAGCACCACUACUUCCAGGAGCUAGUGUGCAUAGAGGAGCUUCUGCUUUUCAAUAAUCGCAUCACCCGAGUGGAGAGUAAAGCCCUGACCAGCCUGAGCAACCUGCGUAAGGCCUACCUCAGCCACAAUCGUCUGACCGACUUCCCUUUUUUCUCCAUUCAGGAGCACAGCCACCCUUUUCUAGGAACACUAGACCUCAGCUCUAACCGCAUAACUAGGUUACCCCUGGAGGACAUUGCAGCCUUGCCAGUAUCAGUGCAGCGUGGACUUUUCCUGCACAACAACACUCUGAUCUGCGAAUGUUCCAUGUACAGCAUGUUUCGGCACUGGGAACAGAAAGACUUCAUCUCGGCCAAGGAGUACAGGGAGGAGCACACCUGUCUGGUGUACGGGGAAAGACGUGCCUCAAUACGGUUCUUCCAGCACACACGCUUCUUUGAAAACUGCACCCUGAAUUUUCAGGGCACAUCUGGGGACACGGAGAGCAGUCUACUAGCAUACGUAGGGGAUUCUGUGUUGCUGGAAUGUCAGACUUCCUUGAAAGGACAACACCUGAUCUAUCAGUGGGUGUCCCCACACCAGGGAUAUAUUGCUCCGCCAGGCAAUAAUGGUACGUUACGUAUGCACCCUAACGGCAGCCUGGAAAUCUUGGCUGCACAGGUGGAGGACACAGGAGUUUACUGGUGCAUGGUGCAGGACCGCCACCAGCUUCGGAACGAGACAAGGGAACUGAAUGUGACAGUGACACUGCGCCGCCAUGAGGUUGAACAUUUCAACACAGGCUUCACAACCUUACUGGGCUGCGUGGUCAGCCUCGUGUUGGUCCUCAUGUACUUGUACCUGACACCUUGUCGCUGCUGGUGCCGCAAACAGCCUCCUCCCGCUACACCCAGCCCAGCCAACGAGUGCAGUGCCCAGUCCUCUAUCCUGACACCCACACCUCCUGCAACCACCGAGGGCCCAGGCCGCAAGGUCAGUAACAACAAGCAUGUGGUCUUUCUGGAGCCAAUCAAGGAGGCGCAGAACGGGAGGCCGAGGGCAGCCCUGGCCUCCGAGCAUCCCAAGCUGCAGGUGCUUCGAAGUGAUGCCGACUCUGUCACCUCUGUCUUCUCAGACUCCCCAAUUGUGCCAUAG